CACCCGCACGUCCGUCCAUCCGUUCGUCCGUCCGUCGAUCCUUUCGUCCGUCCGUCUCCGUUGUGGCGUGUACGGUGCAGCGUUUACAGCCGGACGUUCGUGAGAUGUGCCUGCCUGUUCGUCGUCGCAACUACGUCGCGGGGUCUCCUCCUGUCGUCGGACGGCGCGACAGCGUGAAAAUGGCGGUGUGAAGAGAUGGCAGGACGCAGAUCGACACUGUCGAAUGCGGCGGACUCGCUGCCGUGCUCGGGCGGCGGCAGCGGAGGCGGCGGCAACGACCCGCUACGCGAGCUCUUUGAGGCCUGCAAGACCGGCGAUCUCGCCAAGGUGAAGGCGUUGGUCAAUCCGAAGACGGUCAACGCCCGCGACACUGCCGGACGCAAGUCCACCCCCCUGCACUUUGCAGCUGGAUAUGGUAGAAAGGAUGUAGUAGAAUUUCUUCUCUCUGCUGGUGCGUCGAUUCAAGCACGCGACGACGGUGGUCUGCAUCCGUUACACAAUGCAUGUUCCUUUGGACAUUGCGACGUUGUGAGAUUACUUUUAGAGGCAGGAGCAAGUCCAAAUACGAGAGACAACUGGAACUUCACACCUUUGCAUGAGGCGGCGAUCAAGGGUAAAAUAGACGUAUGUAUUACUCUGCUACAGCAUGGAGCAGAUGUAAACAUUAGGAAUACAGAAGGAAAGACUGCAUUAGAAGUAGCGGAUGUCUCUACAAAACCGGUACUAACGGGAGAAUAUAGAAAAGAUGAGCUCUUAGAAGCGGCUAGAUCCGGGAAUGAAGAAAGAUUAUUACAGCUACUAAAUCCUCUUAAUGUCAAUUGUCACGCCAGUGACGGAAGAAGGUCUACGCCGCUACAUUUGGCGGCUGGAUAUAAUAGAUCUAGGGUUGUACAGAUUCUUCUUCAAAAUGGCGCGGAUGUGCAUGCCAAGGAUAAAGGAGGUCUCGUACCGCUUCAUAACGCUUGUUCAUACGGUCACUUUGAAGUAACCGAAGCGCUUCUGAAACACGGUGCCGCCGUUAACGCUAGUGAUCUCUGGACAUUCACUCCGUUGCACGAAGCCGCGAGUAAGUCUAGAGCAGAGGUCUGUUCCUUACUAUUGAGCGAGGGCGCGGAUCCGACGCAAUUAAACUGCCAUAGUAAGAGCGCCAUCGACGUGGCGCCGACCCUCGAAUUACAAGAAAGACUAGCAUACGAAUAUAAAGGUCAUUGCCUAUUGGACGCCUGCAGGCAGGCAGAUCUUACUAAGCUUAAAAAAUAUCUGUCGCAAGAAAUCGUUAAUUUCAAACAUCCUUAUACCGGUGAUACACCGAUGCAUUGCGCAGUGGCGUCCCCAUACCCGAAGCGAAAGCAAGUUAUCGAGGCCUUGAUUCGAAAGAAUGCUGCCAUGAAUGAGAAAAAUAAAGACUUCCUUACGCCGCUUCACGUAGCGACUGACCAUUCGCAUUACGAUGCGAUGGACAUAUUGCUGCGGCAUAAUGUGAAAGUCAACGCGCUAGAUGGCUUAGGACAAACUGCGCUGCACAGGUGUGCUAGAGAGGAUAAUGUACAAGCUUGCAGAAUACUUUUGUCGUAUAAUAUCGACCCUUCAAUAGUAUCCCUUCAAGGAUACACUGCGGCACAAAUUUCCGCCGAGAAUGUAUUGAAAAUAUUGCAAGAUCCACCAAAUGGAACCGACGAUGUGGAAGCGCAACUGUUAGAGGCGAGCAAAUCGGGCGAUCUUGCUGCAGUAGAAAGAAUUUUGCAAGCCAAUCCACAUGCUGUGAAUUGUCGCGAUUUGGACGGGAGACACUCGACUCCGCUGCACUUUGCAGCGGGUUUUAAUAGAGUGCCGGUUGUAGAGUAUCUAUUAGCACAUGGCGCAGAUGUGCAUGCCAAAGACAAAGGUGGAUUGGUUCCUCUCCAUAACGCUUGCUCUUACGGCCAUUACGAGGUUACGGAAUUAUUAGUAAAACACGGAGCAUCUGUGAAUGUUGCCGAUCUAUGGAAAUUUACGCCGCUUCACGAAGCUGCUGCCAAAGGCAAAUAUGAAAUAGUUCGAUUACUACUGAGACACGGAGCUGAUGCCACUAAAAAGAACAGAGACGGCGCGACGCCAUUAGACUUGGUAAGAGAUGGCGAUCAAGAUGUAGCGGAUCUCUUACGCGGAAAUAGUGCUCUUUUAGACGCGGCGAAGAAGGGCAACUUAGCCAGAGUUCAGAGACUGGUUACGCAAGACAACAUCAACUGUCGAGAUGCACAAGGACGCAAUAGUACUCCAUUACAUUUAGCCGCGGGAUACAAUAACUUGGAAGUUGCUGAAUUCUUGCUUGAGCGUGGAGCCGAUGUAAAUGCACAAGAUAAAGGCGGUCUUAUUCCCCUGCAUAACGCGUCGAGUUAUGGUCACUUGGACAUUGCAGCCUUGCUCAUUAAAUACAAUACUGUGGUGAAUGCAACUGAUAAAUGGGGAUUCACGCCGCUGCAUGAAGCUGCGCAAAAGGGUCGAACGCAACUGUGUGCCCUUCUGCUUGCUCACGGUGCCGAUCCCUUUCUGAAAAAUCAGGAAGGCCAGACUCCGGUGGAUUUGGCCAGCGCAGAUGAUGUAAGAUGUUUAUUGCAAGAUGCUAUGGCUUCUCAGCAAAUCGUCCCAUCGGUACCAUCUGGCAACAUAGUGAACAGUGCUGGUAGCAAUUCCAUUAACAGUAGACCACCCAGUAUUGUAUCUGUUCCUGUUACACCGCCACCGCCCCUCACUCAAGAAACAGUCAUUAUGCCAUCUGGUGCAGCCAUGAUUCUAUGCGUGCCAUUGGCUCGCCCGACGUCGUGUCUGAGUCCAAUGCCGCCGAGUGAGCCAUGCUCCGAGAAAGAAUCUAAAGAUAUGUGUAAAGAACACAACAAUACUAUCACAACCGUUGCCGGUUUUCUGCAAAGUCUUGGUUUGGAACAUCUACUUGAACUAUUUGAACGCGAACAAAUCACUUUAGAUAUAUUAGCAGAAAUGGGUCACGAGGAUUUGAAGCAAGUUGGAGUGUCGGCUUACGGUUAUAGACAUAAAUUAAUUAAAGGUAUGGAUAAGCUGCUCAACACAGCGGCAGGUUCCCUUUGGCAACCUUCCAUAAAUCCCGGGACAUUGUUAGUGGAUUUAUUAGCAGAAGACAAAGAAUUUUUGGCUGUUGAAGAGGAAAUGCAAAGUACUAUUAGACAACAUAGGGAUAACGGUCAUUCCGGUGGUAUCUUCUCUCGAUACAACAUAGUCAGAAUUCAAAAGGUUCAGAAUCGCAAGUUGUGGGAGCGUUAUGCCCAUAGAAGACAAGAAGUAGCUGAAGAAGUCGGCGCUGCCGCUCCUGCUUCUCCUAGUACCGGACCUAGGGGUACUUCCAGCUCUACAGUAUCACAGGCGAACGAAAGAAUGUUGUUCCAUGGUAGUCCAUUUAUCAAUGCUAUCGUUCAGAAAGGCUUCGAUGAGCGGCACGCAUAUAUCGGCGGAAUGUUCGGCGCUGGCAUAUAUUUUGCAGAACACAGCAGCAAGAGUAAUCAAUACGUCUACGGUAUAUGUGGCGGUACUGGAUGCCCCGCACAUAAAGACAGAAGCUGUUACAUUUGCCACAGACACUUACUGCUCUGUAGAGUUACGCUUGGUAAGUCGUUUCUACAAUUUUCGGCAAUGAAAAUGGCACAUGCCCCUCCCGGCCACCAUAGUGUAAUGGGUAGGCCGUCGCAGGGCGGUUUGGUAUUCCCCGAAUACGUUGUCUACAGAGGUGAACAAGCAUAUCCAGAAUAUCUUAUCACGUACCAAAUUGCGAGGCCUCAACAGGAAAGCGGCGGCAGCGAUGGCGUUGAGGAACGGUGAUCGGAAGAGCCGGGUCCUGCGGCGCGAUUGCGCAGCCUCUGUUGCUGUCAGAGGUCGAGGGCAUGCGGCGCAUUGUCGCGGACAUAAAAUUUAAACUUGCUUCGAACUUGAUUCGUCUAACAUCAGUUCUUCCAUUUUUAAACUGACUAAAAUAGAAUUUACAGAAAAUAACAGUAUGUGUGUGCGUACGUAUGUGAUCGAAAUAUGCAGAAUAUUUUAUUCCAAAAUAAUAUCCAGUCUUACUACAAAAAAGAUGACGUUGUAAUAGCUUAUUUCUAGCAUUUAAACGUAAUAUUCGAGAUCAAUCCAAUCGUCAGAUGAUGAAAAGAGAUACAAUAUUAAUUAUGUAUAUAUUCAUACUGAUACAGUGUGCAUCUCUUACAUCAAAUUUGAUGUGUCGACUAGAGUGUGUUCCUAGGAUUAGUCAGUAUUAAAAGUGAUCACAACAUACUCGUAUACAUUUGUAUACAUAUGAAAAAAUUUAUUUAUAUCAAUACCUGUUUCAAUUUAAAAAAAGGCAAAGAUGAAAGCAAAUUUUGAUCUUGAAAGUAUAUAAAAUCGAAGGGGAAUGUAAUUUACUCACCGUCUCUCAUACAUGAAUAUAUAGUAGCUUGUAAAUUAAUCUAUUUGAUAUGUUCAUUAUGGGUAAAGUCUGCAAUGUGAUGAAAUAUAUAUUUAUAUGUACAAACAAAUGUUUUUUUUAAUACGGAAUGAUAAUAUAUUUACAAUUAUUGUAACAUUUUUUGCAUUAUAAAUAUAAUUUUACGGUUUUAUUUUGACAACCGCAAAUCAACUGAGAGAACUACAUUUAUGUCCGUUAUAUAUGUUGUAUUACUCUCUUCAAGUAGUACGAAGUUUUUCUAUUUAGUUACAGACACAAAUCUUUUGCAUUUCGGACUUUACUUGCGAUAUGUAUAAACUUAUAACUUCGGUAUAUAAGUAUUACAUAAUGUAAAUAUUUGAUUAAUUUACUCUCUUAUAGUUCGUAAACAUAAUCAAUGGGGUUCCUAUAAUUUGAUAGCUUUCAAACUGUAUAGUCUUUUUUUUACCAAGAUGAUAUAAUAGCUAUUUUAUUAACGAUCUGUUUUCGAAAAAAAAUGGUAUCGGGAUAUUACGAAUCGUUAAAAAGAAAAAUCGUAUUCCCGACGCCGAGUGACGCAUUAGCUGCAAAUCAUCAUGACAGUGAUUGACUAUUUAUAAAGUACCAAAUAUAGUUGAAUUAAUUUGACUUCGGGAUACGUAAUGCUGUUUAAAGGACAACUUUUUUUAAAUGCGACCUUGAAGGAAAAUCUCGAAGACAAUUUCUUGAUCUCAUUAAAACGCCGUCUUUAACGUCCUCGUUCACGACACUUUUGAAAUUAUUUCGUCAUAGUUAUAAAGAGAAAAAACUACGCAAAUAUAUAAAAUAUGCAUAAGAAUAAUACAAUUGUGUGUAGAUAGCGGAAAAUGAACACCAUUUACAGCCACAAUUGCUAUAGUCUUAACACUUAUUCUCGGUGAUGGUGAUCUUUUUUUUCUGUGUUUUAUGUACGAUGUUCACUUUAAGCCAAGCGCUACCGAUUGUCUGUGACUGUACUAGACAUGGACUAGCAGCCAAUGACUUCUUCGCUCUGUUGUAUCUGUUCUUAAAAUUGAUUGCGAUAUUUUCAUGUAAGGCAGAUAUGCAACAAAGCCGGAGUAAUACUGAAGUGCAUAUACAUAUUACCACUGUGUUCUAAUUGUAAGAGAACGAGAGACUUAUAAAAAAAUGAUUUUCUUUAAUUGUUAAUA